CGCGCUGUCGGCCUGCUUUCCCGCCCUUGGCAUCGCUCCCGGGACAGAGCAGGCCUCGAGGGCCCGCCGCGCCGGGAGGAGACGGCUGUGUGGAGAGCCGCUGCCAACAGCGAGCUUGCCGUCCAGGGCUGCUGGCCGCCGGGGCCACGACCUGCUGCCUCACAAAGCAGAUGUAGCGUGUGUGGAACCAGGGACUCCGGUCCAGGUCGAUGCGACAGUCAUAGCAGACACGGAAAAGAUUAGGAUGGGCUUUUCCUAACACAGUUCUGCACAACUAUCCUACAAGAUUCAUGGCCGCAUCUACCUCCAGCAGAAGCCGGAGCAUUCCUCAUGCUGGAAGAAUGAAGUGGCUUAUGCUUUGAAUCGGCCUGUCAGCAAAAGGAGUUGCAGUACUAUUCCAAAAGGUCAUGGUAACCACACCUACCAGCACUCUGUUUUCUACAGUGGAUACUGAUGAAAUACCAGCCAAAAGACCAAGAUUAGAUUGUUUUAUUCAUCAAGUAAAAAACAGCCUCUACAAUGCUGCCAGCUUAUUUGGAUUCCCAUUCCAAGUGACCACAAAGCCCAUGGUAACUGCUGCUUGUAAUGGAACACGGAAUGUGGCCUCUUCAGAGGAGGUAUUCUCAAGGCCUUCUUCUUGUGAACUGACAGGUUCUGGAUCCUCAAACAACAUGCUGAAACUUGGUAAUAAAUCUCCUAAUGGAAUAAGUGACUAUCCAAAGAUCAGAGUGACGGUAACCCGAGAUCAGCCACGCAGAGUUCUGCCUUCCUUUGGUUUUACUUUGAACUCGGAAGGGUAUAACAGAAGACCAGGUGUCCGUCGCCAUAGCAAAGGCAAUCCAGAAGAUUCCUUAAUGUGGAAACCUCAGGAACAGGCUAUAACGGAGACAAUUUCUGAAGAGGUUGCCAAAGGUUUGAGACGUCCUCAUUGCACUGUGGAGGAGGGUGUUCAGAAAGAAGAAAAAGAGAAGUAUCAAAGGCUGCUAGAACGACUUAAAGAAAGUGGUCAUGGAAAUUCUGUCCCUUCUGUAACUUCAAAUCAUUACAGUUCUCAGAGAAGUCAGAUCGAUGCAUUAAAGACCAAAGGCUGGGGGGAAGAGCAAAAUCAUGGAGUCAAAACAGCUCAGUUUGUUCCGAAGCAAUAUAGAGUUGCUGAUCCAAGAGGACUUCUAUGUCCAGUGAGAAGUGAAAAGAGGUUUUUAAAGGGGAAGGUUUCCGAUACAGAGAAGCUUGUUGGCAUCAGACUUGACAACGAAGGUAGGAGGGGACACCAGCUGGAACCUGACCUGUCGGAAGAGGUGUCAGCCCGACUUCGCCUGGGCAGUGGAAGCAAUGGCUUACUCCGGAGGCGACUGUCCAUACUUGAGACAAAGGAGAAGAACUGCUCAAGCAAAGACAGGGACAGAAGAGCAGAUGACUUGCUUGAACUUACAGAGGACAUGGAGAAAGAAAUCAGUAAUGCCCUAGGCCACGGUCCCCAGGAUGAGAUCCUCAGCAGUGCUUUCAAGUUGCGAAUUACUCGAGGAGACAUCCAGACCUUGAGGAAUUAUCACUGGCUCAAUGACGAAGUCAUUAAUUUUUAUAUGAACCUUCUGGUAGAAAGAAAUAAAAAACAAGGCUAUCCAGUACUCCAUGCAUUCAGUACUUUCUUCUAUCCUAAAUUAAAGUCCGGGGGUUACCAAGCAGUAAAAAGAUGGACCAAAGGGGUAAAUCUCUUUGAACAGGAACUUAUUCUGGUGCCCAUUCAUCGGAAGGUACAUUGGAGCCUGGUGGUGAUGGACCUAAGGAAGAAGUGUCUUAAAUAUCUGGAUUCUAUGGGACAAAAGGGCCACAGGAUCUGUGAGAUUCUCCUUCAGUAUUUACAGGAUGAAAGUAAGACCAAAAGAAACAUUGAUCUGAAUCUUUUAGAGUGGAGCCACUACAGCAUGAAGCCACAUGAGAUUCCUCAACAGUUGAAUGGAAGUGAUUGUGGAAUGUUUACUUGUAAAUAUGCAGAUUAUAUUUCUAGGGAUAAACCUAUCACAUUUACUCAGCACCAGAUGCCUCUCUUCCGGAAGAAGAUGGUGUGGGAAAUCCUCCAUCAGCAGCUGCUGUGAGAUGGCCGCCUGGUCCCCGUCGCUGCUGGUGGUCUUUGAUGGACGUCUCCAUAUACCUCAUGCAU